AUGGCUAGAUCAAUUCUAGCACAAGAAGAAAUUCAAUUAGAAGACGAUAAUCACAGUCAAAAUUUUAUCGGUAUUUUAUUUGAUGAAACCAACCAGUAUGCAAGUGUCAAAAAUGAUCUUAGAAGAAUAUUUAAUGAUUUUCAACCAUUCUAUAACGUUUUUGAUCUUUUUACUGAAUUAAAACCGUUUACCUCGUCUACAAUAAAAAUUUUAUUAAUAACUACGAGUUCUUCUGGCGAAUUUGUUAUUCCACUUCUUGAACAAAACGUUCAAUUUAUUUCCAUUUAUAUCUAUUGUCAAAAUACAAACGACUAUGGUAAACAAAGAGCGAUUACUUAUAAAAGUCAGACAUAUGUUUAUGUCGAUAUGGAUUUAUUAUAUCAACAAUUGAAAGAAAACAUACUAAAUGUAAUGAAAAAUACGACAACCGUAGCAGAAUCUUCAUUGCCGUUGACUACCUCGCAAGUAAAUACUGCUUCAUCGCCGUUGAUCAACUCACAUAUAAAUACUGCUUCAAUACCAUCAAUAAGUAUUUUUGCAGAGAAAUCGAAAAAUAAUUCUAUACAAAGUUUAACUAAUCACUCAGUUUCAUUUAUACAUUUUCAGUUAUUAAUCGAAAGUAUUAUACGUAUGGAACAUGAUAUUAUCCGAGCCAAAGACCAUAUGAUAAAAAAGUGUGUUGAAUGUUACCCGAACAAUUUAAAGGAACAAGAAAAUAUUGAGGAUUUUAAGCUUAACUAUCGUCCAGAUGAAGUGGUAACAUGGUAUACCAAAGCCACAUUUCUCGUACAUUUAUUAAAUAAAGGAUGUGGAACACAAAAUAUAGAUUCCAUCUUCCCAUUUCGGUUGUUUAUUGCGGAUUUACAUAACCGACUGACUACACUAGGAAGAGAAUAUAAAAAUCCCGACGAAAAGUUUGUUGUUUAUCGGGGUAAAUUUCUUCAAACACGUGUGUUCCAAAUGUUAAAAGGCAACAAAAAUGGUCUUGUAUGUAUUAACGGAUUUUUGUCAACUUCGUUUCAUGAACAAGUAGCCAUUUUUUUUGCCGGCGAUGGUUCUAGUCGUUCCGAUCACGUGCCAGUGAUAUUCAAAUUAUUAAUUGAUAUGAAAAUUUUAACAAAGCCGUUUGCAUCAAUUAAUAAUGAGAGUACAAAACAAGAUGAAGAUGAAUUAUUAUUUUCAAUCGGAUCUGUUUGGAGAAUAGGAUCAGUUGAUUUUAAUGAUGAGAAGAAGAUUUGGUAUGUUGAAUUGACUUUGGCUGAACACGAUGAUAAUCAACGAUCAGUUGAAUUGACAGAAUAUUUAAAAAGACAAAUGAUAGGAAAUUGCCCAACAUUAUUAACAUUAGGUUAUUUUUUAUGUGAAAUGAAUGAAUACAAAAAAGCAGAAAAGUAUUAUCGAUUAUUACUAAAGGAGCUGCCAGAAGAUCAUGAACUUAUUCCAGAAAUAUACAAUAACAUCGGUUGUAUACGAAUGGAAAUAGGCGAUGAGCCAAUUGCAUUAGAAUAUCUUCAAAGAGCACUUCAUAGUCAGCAAAACGAAUCAUUAUUGCUAGCUGCAAUUUGCAAUUGUGUGAUGUGUUCUAGUCAUAAUAAUGACGGACAUGAGAUAAGUAAAGACAUAUCUGAUUCGAUUCAUGAACUAGAUGUUAUAACGAAAGCGUUAUCACUAACAAGUCUUUUAUUACCAAAAGUGUUAAAUAAUAUGGGACUUCUGUAUCAUAGAAAAAAUGACUAUCUCAAAGCACGUGAUUUAUAUGACCAAGCAUUAAAAGCUUUACUGUGCAGUGAAAUUCGCUAUCCACCAGAUAUUUCUGUAGUUUACAAUAACAAAGCAGCUGUCGAGUAUAGUUGUAAAAACUAUGAAAAAGCUUGUGAAUAUUAUGAAUUGGCAAUCAAAAUUGGAAAAGACUUUUGGAUUGAUACAGAUCCGAUAAUUAUUGAAUAUAAUGAUAAUCUUGCAACUGCUCGAAGGAAAAUUACUUAA